AAAAAGAGAAACAAAAGAAGAAGAACAAGAAAGCUCACAAGAGUCACUAAGCUUCAUUCACCAUCAAAUGCAAAAGAAAUUCACGCAAUGUCUUUCCUCUGUGAUCUUGAAAUCAUUCUCAAUCACGAAUUCACUUUCUUCGUCAAUCAGGAUUUGAUCUCAGAGUACUCAGGGUUCUUGAGGAAGAUGAUAAAACAGAGCAACAAGAAGAAGAAGAAUCAAAAGAACAGUAGAAUCAUCCUCCAUGUCGAAGAUUUUCCAGGUGGGUCAGAUGGUUUCGAGCUGGUUUUUAGGUUCUGUUACAGUAAUGGAGAAGGAAUCUCGAUCGAUGUCUCAAAUGUCUCCAUCUUGUAUUGUUCUUCUGUCUUCCUUGAGAUGUCAGAGAAACUCUGUUCCUCGAAUCUCUUGCAUCAAACAGAGAAGUUUCUUGAAGGAAUGUUCUAUUGGUCAUGGAACGACAUCAUUUCUUGCCUCAAGAACUGCGAACAAGUGUUCCUACACGCAGAUUCAUACGGUCUUGUUGAUAAGCUCGUUUUCGGAGUUUUAGCCAAAAUCGCUCAGAAUUCGGACAUGAGUCAAGUAUUUGCAUCAUCCUCGACGUCUUCCUCUGCUUCCGCCUCUUCUAUGUCGCCGGAGACGGCAAAGAAUAGGUCUGAAUCAGAGAAACGGUCAACUCCAAAAUCGUUUUCUUGUAAGACAAGCAAUGAGUGGUGGUUCGACGAUAUGUCAAUUCUUGGACCACAGGUUAUCGGAAAGUUGAUUAAGAGCCUUGGAGGUUAUGAUAAAGACAACAAUAGCUUAGUCAUAACAAGGUUUCUUCUCCAUUACCUCAAGACAAAGCUCCAUAACAAAUCACACAACAAGCUCGAGUAUGCAGGUUUAGCUGAUACAGCGGUUCAAGGAGUGAUUUUCGCUGGGAAAACCACGUUUUCUUGCAGGAAAAUCUUCUGGGUUCUUAGGGUUUUAUCGGGAUAUAGCAUCAGCAAAGAAUCAAGAAUUGGCUUAGAGAGAGUUAUAGGAGAAACGCUGGAUCAAGCAACACUUGAUGAUCUUCUGAUACCUGCAGGAGGCAAAAGAGAAAAAGGGUUUUACGAUGUGGAUUUGGUGAUAAGAUUACUCAAAGUGUUCGUGAGAAAUUGCAACGCAGAAGAAGAUCAGAAUUUGAAAAUACAGAGUAUAGGGAAGUUGAUUGAUAAGUAUUUGAGAGAGAUAUCUCCAGACCAGAAUCUUAAAGUGUCAAAGUUUCUUGAAGUUGCAGAGAGUUUGCCAGAUUCAGCUAGAGAUUGGUUUGAUGGAGUAUUCAGAGCCAUUGAUAUCUAUCUUGAGUCUCAUCCGAAUCUAGCAUCUGACGAUAGAACAAAACUAUGUCGAUGUCUAAACUACAAGAAACUAACAUUGGAGACAUGUAAACAACUUGCAAAAAAUCCCAAGAUCCCUCCAAAUAUUGCAGUUCAAGCACUCAAGUCACAACAAUUAUCCAACGAAAUUCUACCACACUCAAGAGAAGACAAGAUAAAACUAAACAAGAACAGGAAUUCGCGCAAGUACUUAGAAGAAAAACCAAUAUUGGUGCGUCUGAAAGGAUUUGAGAUAUCAGAGAAAUUAGUUGAUGGGUUUGACGACGAUCUAAGGAUGAAUUUAGAGAGGAAGCAUUGGAAUAAAGAGACGGAUCAUUCUGAAAAAGUUUGCACGGAAAAGAAGAGUGAAGUAGUCUCAAGAUUGGUGAGACAUGGACAUAAUCAAUCGAGUUCUAAUUUUCCAAGGCUUUGUUAGUUAAUAAUAGUUAAUUACGUCAUUAUGUUUUUUUUUUUGUUUUCUCUUUAUAUAGAUCCAGAUCAUUAUAUAAUCAUCACAUACAUGCACGUCUCAUGUGUGUUACAAGCUUUUCAUGCAAAAUAGAUUGUAGUUUUCAGAAUGCAUAUGAUUGUCCUUUUGGAUGGAAAU